AGGAGAGGCGCGCGAGGAGGCUGGCGGCGCCAGGAGCCGCGAAGGGCGCAGCAGCAGCAGCAGCAGCCAUGAGCCUCGACUGCGACGUGGUGGUGGUCGGCGCGGGCAUCUCAGGACUGUCAGCAGCUAAGUUGUUGUCUGAAUCUGGAGUUAAUGUUGUGGUUUUAGAGGCCCGUGACAGAGUUGGAGGGCGGACUUUCACAAUUAGGAACAAGCAAGUAAACUAUGUAGAUGUUGGUGGUGCUUACGUGGGACCUACCCAGAACCGAAUUCUGCGGCUGGCUAAAGAACUCGGCAUAGAAACAUACAAAGUAAAUGUAAAUGAGAGAGUUAUCCUGCAUACAAAUGGAAAGUCCUAUCCAUUUCGUGGUGCGUUUCCUCCAGUGUGGAAUCCUAUCGUAUAUCUUGAUUUUAACAAUUUUUGGAGGACAAUGGAUGAACUGGGAAAAGAGAUUCCAGCUGACGCUCCCUGGGAUGCACCACAUGCUGCAGAAUGGGACAAAAUGACAAUGAAAGAAUUCAUUGACAAACACUGCUGGACCAAAACCACUAGGGAUUUUGCUACACUCUUUGUUGAUAUCAACGUCACUUCAGAGUCACACAUGGUCUCUGCUCUCUGGUUCCUGUGGUAUGUGAAGCUGUGUGGAGGAACAACCAGGAUAUUUUCCGUAACCAAUGGAGGGCAGGAGAGGAAGUUUGUCGGGGGUUCUGGACAGAUAACAGAGAAGAUAAUGGCACUACUCAAAGGCACUGUGAAACUGGAGAGGCCUGUAAUCCACAUUGAUCACUCAGGUGAUAGUGUCAUUGUGGAGACACUGAACCAUGAGACAUAUAAGAGCAAGUACGUGAUUAGUGCCAUCCCACCAGCCUUAACCACAAAGAUCCAUUUCAAGCCAGAACUACCAACAAAAAGAAACCAGUUAAUCCAGCGCAUUCCCAUGGGCUUUGUUAUCAAAUGCAUGAUGUACUACAAAGAAGCCUUUUGGAAGGAGUCAGAUUUUUGUGGCUGUGCAAUGAUUUUGGAUGAAGAGGCUCCAAUUUCAAUCACCUUAGAUGAUACUAAACCUGAUGACUCUGUACCUGCUAUUAUGGGCUUUAUCCUUACAAGAAAGGCAUUUAGACUAGCAGAUCUUAGCAAAGAGGAGAGGAAGAGAAAAAUCUGUGAACUCUAUGCAAAAGUCUUUGGAUCAGAAGAAGCUUUACAUCCAGUGCAUUAUGAAGAAAAGAACUGGGGUGCCGAACAAUAUUCUGGUGGAUGCUAUUCAGCCUAUUUGCCACCAGGCAUUAUUUGCCAAUAUGGAAGGGUCAUUCGUCAGCCAGUAGGUAGGGUCUACUUUGCUGGCACAGAGACAGCUACUCAAUGGAGUGGCUACAUGGAAGGUGCAGUGCAAGCUGGAGAGAGAGCGGCCAGAGAGAUACUGUGCAGUAUGGGAAGGAUUUCAAAAAAUGAAAUUUGGGCAACAGAACCAGAAUCAAAGGAUGUCCCGGCUUUCCCAAUCAAUACCACGUUUUUGGAGAGGAACUUGCCAUCUGUCCCAGGCCUCUUGAGCUUCCUUGGAUGUUCUGCUUUCUUCACCUCAGUGGUUGCAGCUGGACUUCUUGCAUAUAAAAAGGGACUUAUCUUCCGAGAAUGCUUCUGAAGAAAAUGUUUCAAUUUCGCCCUUCAUGCUGGGUAUUGUAUUUUUAUCGUGGGAACUGUAUUUUUAUCUGUUGCUGUAUAAGUGGCCUUGAGUGGGUGAGUUUUACCCAUAAAGGUUGCCUAUAAAUAUUUUUAAUGAACAAAUGUUGUUCUGGGAAAGAAGUAUUUUUGGACACCUGAAUCAACACAUCAAAAAUAGUUUUAGUGUCCAUUUAAAAAUCAAGUAGUAGUGAAGCAAAGGUUCUAUUUUCUAGUUCAAGCCCCAUUUUGGGCAAAAGGAUCCUGUAUUGCUGGGGGUUGGACUAGAUGACUCACGUGGUCCCUUCCAACUCCAGAAUUCUAUGAUUCCUCACUUUCUUUUAUUGAUUAAAGUCAGUGGCCUUUUAUCCCUUAUGCCUUUUGAGAACAAGCCGGAACAGAUACUUUGCACAUUUCACAAUGCCUUUGGAAAAAUUCUGUCUUAAUUUUUUUAAAUCUCACAGUGAACAAAUCAAUGUUAAAGGCUUACUCUAGUGGCUCAUUAAACUAGAUGUUUAUGCUGUCAAGUGCCUGUUGUAUUUAGUCUACUGCCAUUUAAAAUGACAAAACUGUAAUUUUGUGAAUUUUGUAACUGUAAAUGUAGUUUCAGCUAUUAUAAGAAAUGAGGUUCAGCAUGGAUUUGACUAAAGAUAAAUAACUAGCAUUAAGUACAAAAGCAAGGUAAUAAAGUUAGCAAGAGAGAUAAUUUAGGGUUCCCAAGGCUCUAUAAAUAAAAGUGGGGUUAUGAUACGAACCGGUAAUUAUUUUACAUGUACUAUUUUACAGGAAACAAGUGUAGAAUCCCUCACUAUGUUCUGAACACAUAAGAUGUUGCUUUGCCAUUUUUGAAAUAGGAGUAACUUACAAAGCCCUUAAUUAAAAAUAGAAACUAGGGAAGUAGAGUCACAUUUGUGUAGAAAGCUAGACAAAAUGCUUCCCUUCUGACACAAACAAAUAAAAAUAAAUCAGCUAAAUGAAAA